AGAAGAGAGAGAGAGAGCUGAGCUGAGCUCACAGUCGAAGGAGAGAAAGCAGAGAGAGAGAGAGAGAGAGAGAGAGAGGGAGGCAGGCAGAGGCUCUCAUGGAAACUGCAAUAUGCGGUCGAGUCCCUCUCUCACCCAACCGCUUUUUCAACUCCACUAAAUCAGGGGAAAUACAUCACUUUCAUUCAAAUUGCUCAAACCGGAACAUCUUAAUGACAAUAUCGACCACUGGGCUUGGAAAAGGUGGUGGGGUGUUAGAAAAGCCAACCAUAGACAGAACUGCACCUGGCCGCGAGUCUGAGUUUGAUGUAAGGAAAUCAAGAAAAAUGGCACCACCUUACCGUGUUCUGCUGCAUAACGACAAUUACAAUAAACGAGAGUAUGUUGUCCAGGUCCUGAUGAAAGUGAUCCCUGGAAUGACCCUUGACAAUGCAGUUAAUAUCAUGCAAGAGGCACAUUACAAUGGACUUGCAGUGGUAAUUAUCUGUGACCAGGUGGAUGCUGAAGAUCAUUGCAUGCAGCUGAGAGGCAAUGGUCUUCUAAGUUCGAUUGAGCCUGCGAGUGGUGGGUGUUGAAAGAAUCUCUAUAAAAAAGUGCCAGUCUUUGGUAACUUCUACACUUAAUGUUCCAGUCACUAUAGUUAUCCUCACAUGUAUAUAACUAAAGAAAGUCAAUAUCAAAAUAUAUUAUAGUACUUACUAUUUUCAUUAAGACAGAGAGAAAAAGAAACUUGUGAGUUGUGUCAAUUCUGGUUAUUUUGAUGACCCUCCUGUCUAUGCGUUUUGCUUCUAUAUUUGGUCUUUUUAGGUGUAGAAUUUUGAUUGUCUAUGUAAAGACCGUAAAAGACAGUUUUUAGAUGUAAAAGCUACUGCUUAGUUAUAAAUUGCAAGUUCUUCUA